AUGGGCCUUGUGGUCCGUUCAUGUAUGCGUAAAGAUGGCAACAAAUCAUCGCGUAAGUAUGGCUACCCAAAGCAAUAUUCGCUAGAAAUAACGACUAAUGAUGAAGGGUUUCCUACAUAUAGUAGGCGAAACACUAGUGAAAAGCUAAAGGUCAAAGGUGCUCAACUUGACAAUAGAUUGGUCAUUCCGUAUAAUCCCUACCUCUCUAUUUUGUUUGACUGUCAUGUUAAUGUAGAUGUCUGUUCUACAAUUAAAGUAGUUAAGUAUUUGUACAAAUAUGUCUACAAGGACCAUGACAAAAUUUCGUAUAAUGUUGUGCCUGCUAAAGUGCAUCUACCUAACCAACAAACGCUUCAGUUGCAUUCACAUGAGCGAUUAAAUGCUGUUGUGGCAAAUUCAAAGCGGCAUCAAACUCAGCUAACUGAAUUUUUUGCUAAGAAUGCUGCUGUUCUAGAUAAAACUGGUUACCUGUACAGUGAAUUCUGUGAACACUACACUUGGGAUGCAUCUGCUAAAGAGAGUCCUGUAUCAUUUGUAGCGCUCAGAACUGUCAAUGGCAUCUUGUGCAAGUGUUUUCAAGAAGCAGCUGUUAAGCUUGGUUUAUUAGAGGAAAAUGAUUUGCCAACUCCAUGUAUGGCAGAGGCGUGUGAGCCAAGUGAUCCUUGUACUUUGUGGUCUAAAUUUUACUCCUCCCUGUCUGAGGAUUUCAGCCAUGAAUUUCCAACUGACUUGGUUAAGGUUCAGAUGUUGACUGCGAGGUCAGUUGAUCACCAUUUAGAAGCACUUGGUAAAUCGCUUUCUGAAUAUGGAUUAGACAACAUGAAUGAGGAACCUGAUUCUGAAUUUAAGCGAACCAAGGACAUUAUAGAUGCUUUAGAUGCUCCUAUUUCUAAAGAAUGUUUACAUUGUCGUAGACAGUUAAAUUCAGCACAAAAAGCUGGAUUUGAUGAUAUUAUGCAGCAUGUCCAUAAAAACAAGCCAGCUACAUCUGGAAUAGCAGCAGCAAACAUUCCCUCCGGUCGUACAACACAUUCUAGAUUCAAAAUUUCAAUUGAUUCUGAAGCAUCAUUGGAUUUGUGCGAGAAUAAGUCUUUGUUUGGUGGCAAACUCAUGGUGUUUGGUGGCGAUUUUAAACAGGUUCUGCCAAUAGUACCACAAAAGACACAGCGAGAGGCGGUUGAAAUAAGCAUUGUUAGUUCAUAUAUAUGGCCCAAACUUAAAAAGUUUAAGCUAACUGAAAACAUCAGGGCCAGAGAAGAUCCUGAUUAUUGCUCCUUUUUGUUGUCUUUGGGGAAUGGAAAGUUGCAGCAGACAGAAUCAAGUUAUGUUCGGUUGCCUUCAGAAAUUGUACGGUCCAUACCUGUUGAUGGAGAUCUGGUGAAAGAGCUUAUAACUAGCACAUUUCCUGAAAUUGGCACAUAUAGUUUUACCGCAGAGAUUUUUACUAAGCGUGCUAUUCUGACUCCAACAAAUGAUGAUGUCGAUUCUAUUAAUACAUUUUUUAUCGACUCUUUUCCUGGCAAUCCUUUUGUGUACAAGAAUUUUGACACAAUUUUGGAUGACAUGUGCACUGUGUAUCCUACAGAAUUUCUGAUAAGCUGUGCCCUGGCGAAAUGA